AUGAGCACGACGCCGAGGAAGUGGUGGAGGCUGGCGGCGGCGACGGUCAAAGACAAGAGAAGUCUAUGCCUGGCUCGGCUGCGCCCGCCGCCCACGCGCCAGCAGCGGAGCGGCGGGGGGGGGAGUGGCGCCGCCAGGCUGCGCCACCACCCGGAACUGGAGGCGGCGGUGAUCAAGGCGACGAGCCACGACGAGACCCGCAUGGACUACAAGAGCGCCGGCAAAGUGUUCGCUUGGGCGCGAACGUCGCCCUCCGUCUUCCUCCGCCCGCUCAUGUGGGCACUCUCCCGGCGCGUGAGGAAGACCCGCAGCUGGGCUGUGGCGCUCAAGUCCCUCAUGCUGGCACACGGCGUCCUCCUCUGCUGUCGGCCCACCGCAGCCGCCGCGGGCCGCCUCCCCUUCGACCUGUCGAGCUUCCACGACCGAUCUUCGUGGGGACUCUCCGCCUUCGUCCGCGCCUACUUCAAUUUCCUCGAUCAGCGCUCGAUCUUCCUCACCGACGCCCACCGGGAAAAAGGGAUGAGGAGGGUGGAGAAAACGCAGGACCUUAUGGAGCUGCUGAUGCAGGUGAGGCCUUACGGUGACGAGGGGGCGGGGGCAAGGCUGCUGCUAGAGGCCAUGGAUUGCGUCGUCGUCGAGAUCUUUGAAGUCUACAGCGCCGUCUGUAGCGGCAUCGCCGGCGGCCUCGUCGGCAUAUUCGGCGCCUGCUCCGCGCCACCGUCUCUACAGCAGCGCAAGGCGGUGGAAGGCGCGAUGGGGAUCAGGGUGCUGCGGAGGGCGGCGGAGCAGAGCUCGCAACUGGCGGCCUAUUUCGAGUUGUGUAGGCGCAUGGGCGUCCUCAACGCGGCGGAACUGCCUCCGGUGGAGAGAAUCCCCGAGGAGGACAUCGAGGAUCUCGAGAUGCUGCUGUGGUUCGAGGCGUCCAGAGGAGAGACCGGUGGCGGAAUAGCUGAAGGAAUGGAAGAGGACGGAAGGAGGAAGAGGUUAGGGACGGUGGUGACGGAGAACUGGGUGGUGUUUGACGACGAACCGGCGCCGAGCGGCGCCGCCCCAUGCAGCUGCUGGGCCGAGCCCCUGCUUCUCGGGCCGCCCCAGAAUGGCCUGUAG